AUGGUUUGUUUUAAGACGGAAGCAGAUAGCAGUAAUAAAUCUUCUCAGGUGGGAGAGACAUCGGCCACCCAGCAAAGCAAGGAAGCGGCGCUGACUGAAAUGAAACCGAAUACAAGGGUCGGCAAUGUCGCUGCAGUGAAGGUAACAGCCAAUGUUGCACAGCAGCGUGAUUCAAGGGUACUUUUAGCUACUGCGGUAAUUAUCAUCGAGGAUGAUCAUGGUGGGCGGCAUACAGCGCGCGCCCUUUUAGAUUCAGGAUCAGAAUGCAAUUUUGUUUCGGAAAGAUUGUGCAAACAAAUGCACGUUGCCAAGGAAAGGGUAGAAAUCUCUGUCGUUGGAAUUGGUGCAGCUUCCGUUAGGGUGAAGCAUACGAUCCGCGUGAACAUCAGAUCGCGAAACUCAACAUUUACCGAGGUUAUGGAUUUCUUAGUAUUACCAAAAUUGACAUCAAAAUUGCCUACUGCAACGGUGCAGACUAUGGGAUGGGUUAUACCACAAGAGAUCGAACUAGCGGACCCGUCAUUCUUCGUUUCGAAUAGUGUGGACAUCAUACUUGGCAUCCAAUCGUUCUUCGGCUUCUUUCGGACUGGCAAGGCAAUGUCAUUAGGAGAGGGACUACCACGGUUAACAGAAUCCGUUUUUGGUUGGAUAGUAUCCGGAGAGGCUGCAACACUGACUAAUUCGACGCAGAUCACCUGCAAUAUCGCGAUAUCUGACAAACUGGAGGAGAUGAUGGAAAGGUUUUGGUCCUGCGAGGAAGUAGGAGAUACCCAUAAUUAUUCCCCAGAAGAAAGGCGUUGUGAGGAGCAUUUUAGUACCACUGUCCACCGAGGGUCGGAUGGACGAUAUACAGUUUCACUUCCAAAAAACGAAGACAUUUUGGCACGGUUGGGAGAAUCUAAGGACAUUGCGCUUAAACGUUUUGUCGGAUUAGAACGGCGAUUAUCUCGGGAUGAAAACUUACGGAAACAAUACCACGAAUUUAUCUCAGAAUAUUUGGAACUUGAUCACAUGUGUAAAAUUGUUGAUGACGGCACACCCGGAAUUAAAAGAUGUUUUCUGCCUCACCACCCAGUUGUGAAGGAGGAGAGCACCACUACGAAGCUUCGUGUGGUGUUUGAUGCGUCCUGCAGGACUUCUACAGGGAUUUCUGUGAAUGAGGCUCUACUAGUGGGUCCGGUUAUCCAGCAGGAUCUACGAUCAAUUGUUCUUCGUUGCAGAAUGCGUCAAAUCAUGCUCGUUUCGGACGUCGAAAAAAUGUUUCGGCAAAUAAGAAUAAACCCAGCCGAUGCUCCUCUCCAAAGUAUUUUAUGGCAGUUCAGAGAGGAAGAUGAGGUGGAAACGUAUGAGUUAAAGACAGUUACAUACGGUACGAAACCGGCACCGUUUUUAGCAACGCGAACACUUAAGCAGCUAGCGAUAGAUGAAGCGGAACGUUAUCCUCUGGCAGCAAACGUUAUUGAAAACGAUGUCUAUAUGGACGAUGUGAUUACAGGCGCCGAUGAUGUCGAAACAGCUACAAGGCUGCGAUUGCAACUGGAUGCAAUGCUGGAAAGUGGAGGAUUCCGAUUGAGGAAAUGGGCAUCGAACUGUGUAGCAGUAUUGAAGGAUAUUCCGAAAAACAAUUUGGCGCUCCCAGAGGCGUUACCAAAAUCAGACACGUUAAGGUUUAGUUUCGUCAUUCCCGAGCUGGCGCCAGAUCAAACACUAACCAAAAGGAAGGUCCUUUCGAUUAUUGCAUCGUUGUUUGACCCUUUGGGUCUCCUAGGAGCCACGAUUACGAAGGCUAAAAUUUUCAUGCAACGUUUAUGGAGUGCGAAAAAUACGGAUGGGCGUGCAUUGGAGUGGGACUCGCCUCCAACCGAGACUCUUGAGGCAGAUUGGCGGAUUUACCAUCAGCAGUUGGCCUUAUUAAAUGAGUUGCGCAUUCCGAGAUGCGUAAUUGCAUCCGCAGCAGCAUCAGUUCAAAUUCACUGUUUCUCUGAUGCGUCUGAACGAGCAUACGGUGGAUGUGUGUACGUAAGAUCUAUGGAUGCAAACCAGUUGGUCACAGUUAAGCUUCUUACUGCUAAAUCUAAGGUAGCUCCAUUAAAAACUCAAAGCCUACCGCGACUCGAAUUAUGUGGCGCUAGACUUGUUGCGGAAUUAUGGGAAAAGGUGACGGAACCAAUCGGACCAGAUUAUGAAGUGCAUUUUUGGACGGAUUCCACUUGUGUUCUACGGUGGAUCCAAGCUUCCCCAGGAACCUGGGUUACGUACAUAGCAAAUCGCGUAUCUAAAAUCCAAGCCAUAACAGAGGAGCACACUUGGCAUCAUGUACCAGGCUUGAGCAACCCGGCUGACUUAAUUUCGCGUGGAGUAACGCCAGAAGUAUUAAUUGAAAACAGGGCACCGCGCUUCGGAGGCCUCUGGGAGGCGGCUGUUCGUUCAGCGAAGUACCACUUGUUACGUGUUAUAGGUGGGAACCCAGUGUCAACGGAGGAUUUUAUCACGUUGUUGACGCAAGUAGAGGCAUGUCUGAACUCCAGGCCCCUAACUCCAAUAUCGGAUGAUCCGACGGAUUUGGAACCAUUGACUCCAGCGCAUUUUUUAACGGGCGGAUCACUUCAAGCCAUUCCUGAACCCGACUAUAGUGCUGUGCCAUUGAAUCGUUUGAAUCAGUAUCAAUUGGUCCAGCGUCAGUUGCAAGACUUUUGGAAACGCUGGAAAUCGGAAUAUUUGGUGCAGCUUCAAAGCAGGACGAAAAAUUGGGAGCGGCCGGUAAAGGUGGAAAUCGGUCGGCUGGUUGUUGUUAUGGACGCAAAUCAACCUCCAAUGCGAUGGAAGCUGGGACGAAUCAGUCAGCUGCACCCUGGCACGGAUGAAGUGGUUCGAGUGGUCACUGUUAAAACGGCUACAGGAUCUUUUACUCGACCAGUGGAGAAACUGUGCUUCCUGCCGCAGGUUGAAGAUGCAACGGGAACAGAUCAAGAGUCAUGCCAGUAA